AUGCACGCCUCUUACCUGUCCCUGGCCCUCUUUGCCCUCGGUGCCGCCGCCGCACCGGGUGCCAACCGCCCUCACGGCGACCCGUUCGGCGCUGGCAAGUUCCCGUUCUACCCGGCUGGCACGUCCAGCUCGGAUACGGACGAUGACGGCUUCGAGAACCCAAUGGCUGCGGCCAUGGGUGCGCUGCAUUCCGCGCAGGUCGCCUCGUACCACUCUGUGUCGCCCUCGUCGACGCACAGCGUCAUGAUGGCCACGCCCGUCAACGAGAACAUCGAAGUUUCCUCUUCCUCUUCGGAGCAUUUUGUGGAGAAGACCCCCACCUCGCAGCCUAUUGUGCAAGCUACCCCGUCGUCGGAGCACAUCGUGCAGAUGACUCCUACGCCGACUCACGCCUUCAUGCACUCGCACUCCCAGGCCUUUACUAGCUUCUCGACCUCGCAGUCUACCCACCUCGUCAUGCACAAGCCUACCCACAUUGCUACCUCCUCGGCCUCCAGCAGCUCGGCCCACCACUCUUCUUCGGCUACCCCGUCCGCUUCGGCUACCCCCAAGGCUGGUGCUCUCGGUCCCCUCGGUAACCUGCUCGGUGGUCUCCCUCUCCUCCAUGGCCUCGGUCUGCGCCGCUAA